AUGUCUUUCGUCAAGCUCAGCAUCUUCGGCACGUCCUUCGAGGUCACCACUCGCUAUGUGGAUCUCCAACCAGUUGGAAUGGGCGCUUUCGGCCUUGUGUGUUCGGCCAAGGAUCAACUCACGGGCGCAUCUGUCGCCGUCAAGAAGAUCAUGAAACCCUUUAGUACUCCUGUACUCGCCAAGCGGACAUAUCGAGAAUUAAAGCUGUUGAAGCACAUCCAACACGAGAACAUAAUCAGCUUGAGUGACGUAUUCAUCUCGCCUUUGGAGGACAUCUACUUUGUCACUGAGCUGCUUGGCACUGAUCUUCACCGGCUUUUGACCUCGCGACCGUUGGAAAAGCAAUUUAUUCAGUAUUUCCUCUACCAAAUUCUUAGAGGUCUCAAAUACGUGCACUCUGCCGGGGUGGUGCAUCGUGAUUUGAAACCGAGUAAUAUUCUCGUCAACGAGAACUGUGAUCUUAGGAUCUGUGACUUUGGGCUUGCUCGAAUUCAAGAUCCUCAGAUGACUGGCUAUGUAUCGACACGCUAUUACAGGGCGCCUGAGAUCAUGUUGACUUGGCAAAAAUACGAUGUCGCAGUUGACAUUUGGAGCGCCGGAUGUAUUUUCGCAGAAAUGUUGGAAGGCAAACCUCUCUUCCCUGGGAAAGACCACGUUAAUCAAUUUUCUAUUAUAACUGAACUUCUUGGAACACCGCCUGACGAUGUAAUCGCAACUAUUGCAAGUGAAAACACUUUGCGCUUCGUUCAGAGCCUGCCGAAGCGUGAGCGCGUACCAUUCAAGCAGAAGCUGAAGUGCCAGGAUGAGUCUGCUCUCGACCUGCUCGAGAAGAUGCUCGUCUUCGAUCCGCGCAGACGUAUAAAUGCCACAGAAUCGCUGGCGCAUGAGUAUGUUGCGCCUUAUCACGACCCAACGGACGAGCCAGAGGCAUCGGAGAAAUUCGAUUGGAGUUUUAACGAUGCUGAUCUGCCGGUAGACACAUGGAAGGUUAUGAUGUAUAGUGAAAUUCUCGAUUUCCAUCAAGUCGGGGAGUCAACACUUUUAGAUGGAGACAAUAUACCCGAGGGGUCACUAGCUGGUCCUGACAAGGAUGGGGAGAUUGUAGGAUCGGGCCCGAGUAGUGUAGAGGAAGCUGCUGUGCCGACCAUACAGCCUUCAGCCCAAGCAGGGGCAUGA